GACACGUUGGACGAGGCGCGGGGAAGGGCAGCAAGCAGGCACAGUUUCAAGACGAAACUGUCGAAGGAAAUCGAGACCGUGGGUUCACGUGCAAGCCCGGCAUGGUCGGGCACGAGGACGAGGGCCAGAAUGUUUGCGAGGGCCAGAGCAACGGGUGGCUACUGUGCCCAGCGGCGAAGCCCCUGGCGACGGGGGCGCAGCCGGAUAGGGAGGGCAUCGGCGAGGGCCGCGAGUACGGCGGGAACACGAUG